CAUUGACAUCUCGCCUCUACUUCUCUUGUUUUUGUAUGUUUUCUCCGACAAUUAGACGCUUUGUAGCCAUGAACGCCACGACAACAUGCGCACCAUUUUCGAGAGCUGUCGUGAAUGCGAUGAAGAAGCUGUAUCCUCCAACGCUGGCAGAUAAUUCUUGGGACAACACCGGGCUUCUCCUCGAAGCACCAUUCGUACCGAAUCGCCCGCAGUCCAACAAUGUUCUCCUCACGAUCGACCUGACUAAAGCUGUUGCCGACGAAGCGAUUGCAUUAAACUCUUCCAUCAUCAUCGCAUAUCAUCCCAUCAUCUUCCGAGGACUCAAGUCCCUUACUCUCGCAAAUUCCCAACAACAGACACUGCUACGGUUAGCAAGCCACGGAAUCAGUGUAUAUAGUCCACACACAGCUGUGGAUGCUGCCCCUGGGGGACUCGGCGACUGGUUGGCGGAUAUCAUAACCGGCACAAAAACGAGCUACAACCCUGACAAUGCAAAGGCGGAAGAACAAUCUGGAAAAGCAUCAGAGGGUGAUGAUCCUUUUGUGGACAAAGAUGCUUCAGGUCUCAGACCGCCAAUGUUUACUCUAAACCAUCACCCCAGCCAGACCAACCUGCGCUCGCUCAAGCAAUUGUCACCCAGCCAAACAGGCCUAAAGCAUACCCGCCGCCCUGUCGUGCCACAGUCACCCGAGCUCGAAUCUCACCCCGGCGCAGGCAUGGGACGAAUUGUUACAUUUGCGGAACCGCAGCCGUUGCCGGCUUUGCUCGAUCUUAUUGGUAGUGGUCUCAACAAUCCCAAGGGCUUCCCUAUAGCGAUCCCUCAAAAUGCGACCAUUGGCGACCUACACAUACGUUCGGUGGGUAUUUGCGCAGGGUCGGGUGGCUCUCUGUUGUCGAGUCUCGAUGUGGAUCUGAUCUUCACGGGCGAGAUGAGCCAUCAUGAAGCACUCGCUGCCAUAGAAAAGGGACAAGUGGUUAUCAGCCUGUUCCACAGCAACUCCGAGCGGGGGUUCUUGAGUGAGGUGCUGGCGGAGCAGUUGGAGGAGGCGGUGGUCGAUGAAUGGACCAAAAUUAAGAAAGAUGAGGCGAGCGAUCAGGAAGAACAUUACGGCGAUGAUACAUUUGAUGUUCUCGUGAGCGAGGUCGACCGAGAUCCGUAUGGCAUUGUCGUCCUCAACCACGAUGCGGAGUAAAUUCCCCCAAAAAGUACCCUUCUCUACUCAUGCUUCGUAAAUUCGAGCGUGCACGUCUUAUGUGGUUAUAUGAUUGUGAUUCUGUGAAGAGCAGAUUGGCGAUUGUUCCGGAGAUACAACAUAAAUCUCCACGCUCCGCGACUCAUUGCUAUAACGCAUGUCACGCAUGCUCCAAACUCAAAUACAUGCAACUCACCACAUAUCAAUUCAAAGACUGCAUGGCUUUGAUACACAUGUCGAAGAUACCCGCGAUCACUUAUUCACCUUGUAGAUCAAUGGUAAUUGACCUCACGGAUGAGUAUCGGUCUGCCCAAGUGCAAAAUGUACAUCUAUUCUGCGAUGGCCCGCCGACCUGUUGCCCAAUAACCCAUAUCGCAUUUUAUCGGUGUGUUGACACUAUAACGGAGACGCGCUGUGUCACUCUCUCCCAUCUAGCAGCUCAAUGACGAUAAGCUCUUCUCGACAGUCAUAAUGAUUUUGGUAACAUGCUUAAGUACCCAUAGGGCAUCCAGAAAACAGGAAACCUACCAAUGCACUUAAUACGACGCUGAUCUGAAGUUACCUGGAGCACCACACUGACUGAUGAUAUUCGGAUAGUGAGCAGUCGAUCCCUAGAUUGAUCAACAAAAGAAAAAUUAUACGUAAUGCCGCACCAAAAUGCUUCACCAUCUCGCGAAGCAGCGCGGAACAGCAGCAGAAGCGUCCAUCGCUCAGGCAUCAUCAUCGGC